CCUCCGACGUCUAGGCGCUCGCUAUCGAAUCCUAGGAAAAGCGUUUCCCGAAUUCCCGAGGCCGGCAUGUAAACGACGCGGCGCGGCAGGGCGCAAAACGCGCGCGAAGUUAUUCCCUCUGUUAUUAUUUCGAUCUAAUUUCGAUCUAAUUUCGAUCUAAUUUCGAUUAGAGGACAGUGUAUUUGUGGACAGAAUCUUGCAUCGUCCCAUCUUUAAUUGAAAUAAGGAGGGAAAAUUAAAAAGGAAAAACUUGUAUGAAUCACGAAAAUAUGAGGUGAAAUCGCUUCGUCUUGGGAUGAUUACCGUCGUGUGAACUCAAGUGACAUAUUGACGGUUCCGACAACUCGAUGUAAAUCUUGUGUUUAGAAUGCAUCACUUGUACCCAACGGCCAAAGGGGAUCCUUUAUGUCCUCUUGGCUUUCAUCCGCAAGUGCGAUGGCCGACACGCUGUAAACGAUGCUUCAGGGAUUACAAAGAUCAUGUGGGAAAAGGCAGAAGCAUUAAAGAUACAACAUCAUCGACACCUACUUUAUCACCUCGGGAACAAUCAUCAAAAAGCUUUGCAGGGAAUUCCGACAGCAAAAGAACGUGGGCGUCAACGUCAAAUUUAUUAAAAGACGAGUCAAAAAGCUACACUCCGGAAGUAACUGUCACCUGGAACUCGGCACUAGACCUCACCUCCACUCAAGACAAUUCUACCGAACAAUUUGUUAAAACUGAUAAACAUAAACCGACAACAACAAGACCAAAAACGUACGUCGGCUCGCAGUCAGAUAGUUUUAAUUUUCGACGACAUUCAGUUGAUGAAAGUGUCAUUGAUAGGCCACAAAAACUACAAAUUAGAGAAGUUAUUAAUAAAAGUAACGGCAAUGCUUCUGAUACGGAUGCUGAAUACAUUAUACAGGUCAGAAAACCACGUUCAACUGAAAGUGGCGUGUCAUCGAAAAGUGAAAAAGGAAAUACCGUUGAAGCCGUAAAUGGAAAAGGUGGUAAAACAGAAAAGAAUGAAAUUGAAAAACUCAGGGCACAAUUGACUGAUUUGAGAAUGAGGUGCGAAAGAGUGGAAAAAGAAAAAAGCGAAAUUCUUCUUCGUCGUUUAUCAACAAUCGAUUCUGUAUCCAACAGCAAGAGUACCAGCAAUGAAGUGAUGAAAUUGCAAAAAUCUGUCAAGGAACUUCAAGCCAAAAAUGAGGCCCUUAGCGAAGACAAAGGCAGUCUAACGUCAAAAGUAAAAAGUUUGGAAAAAGAGUUAAAUGUGAAAACAAAUAAAAAUGAACGGGAAAAAUUGAACGAGGAAUUAAAGUCAAAAUUGAAGGCAGCCGAAACAUUGUGUGAGACUCUUAUGGAUGAAAACGAAGACAUGAAGAAAGAAAUUCGAGAAUUGGAAGAAGAAAUUUACGAGAUGCAAGAUAACUUCAGGGAGGAGCAGGCGGACGAGUAUUUGAGUCUCAGGAAAAAUUUGGAGCAGUCAAAUAAAAAUUGUCGAAUUCUUUCGUUCAAGCUGAGAAAAGUUGAGAGAAGGACCGAGCAAUUGGAGACUGAGAAAGUUGAUUUGGAGAAGAAAUAUGACCAAGCAAAAAAACUGGAGGAUCUGUUGAAAAAAGUAGGCACCGAAUAUAAAAACAAAUUACCCAAGCGGAAUAUUGAGUUAGAAUCGAAAGUUCAUCUCAAGAAGAUGAUGGACGCUAUAGAUAAGGAUAUAGGUGACAUUCUUGGCAUGAUAGUGACUGCAAUUGAUGGUGGCGGAACUGGUUUUCGAAAUUCAAAAGUAAAUGACACCAAUUUGAAAUAUGAUACAUUAUCGAAGGAACAUGAACUCUUGAAAGAAAAACUGGAAAAGGUGCUGAAGGAAUUGGCCACUGAAAAGGAGACGAAGAAAUUGAAAAUUACAAAAACUGACGAUGGAAAAAGUAGCGAAAUUCAAACUAUAAAGAAGAAAUUGGAUGACACGAUCGCAUCAACAAAUAUUGAGAGAAAAUCUUGGGACACUGAGAAAGGGAAAUUACAAGAGGAAAAGGAAAAAUUGAAGACCAAGCUUUUGUCCCUCUCUGCAGAAAAACUGAAAAUAUCCAAUGAAGUUGUUUUACUGAAAAAGGAACUCGAAGCAAAUACAACGUCCAAGAAAGAUAACGCAAAAAUGGAAACAGUUUUAAGCGAUUUAAAGAAGGAACUCUCAGACGAAAAGGAAACAAACCAAAAAUUAAAGGAUGAUUUAGCAUUGGUCAGUGAAAAAGAGGCCAAAAUUACAAAAACAUUAGCUACGGUUGAACAUGCGAAACAACAAUUUGAGACCAACUUCAAUCUCAAGGCGCAAGAAAUUGAAAACCUCAAAUUUUCGACAUCAAAAACAAUUGCCGAUUUAAAUGCAAGUGUUGAUAGAACAAAAAGGGAGAAGGACCAAUUGAAGAGUCUGCUGGAGAAGGACAAGGAAUCAAAAGACUUGGAAAUUAGUACUCUUAAGAAAAAAAUUAAUUCCUUAGAAAAAACCGGCUUGAAUACUAAAAAGAUGAAUGAGUUGAAACAAUCGUACAACGAAAGAAUAUUAAAUCUUGAAAAUGAAGUGAAGAAGGGUUUGCAGCAAUUCGACGAAUUGAGUGCGAAACAUGAAAAACUUGUAGAAUCCAGUAAUCAAUUAAAUGUAGAAAAUCAGGCGUUAAAUAGUCGUUCAAUAGAUCAACAAGCUAAAAUUAAUGCCGUUCAGACGGAGCUGAGCGAUCUUCAAAAGACUUUAAAAUCCAAAGACAAAGACUGGAAUUCGAAAAGGAUUGCUUUUGAGGAAAAAAUUCGAGAACUGGAAAGAAUUGGCAGUGUUCAGUCGCAGGAAGAAAUUAAGGAAGAGAUAAGUCAUCUCAGAAAUGAAAAUGGUUCUUUGAGAGAACAACUGAAUGAUUUGAAGAAUGCAAAUGAUGACUUGAACAGUAAGCUAAACGAUUACAACUCCGUGACGAAAAUCCAGCGAAAUUUCUCGGCAGAUUCCUCGGUACUGGAGUCUGAGUUAAGAAAGGCGAAAAAUGCUCUCGCCAAUGCUGAAAAGGCAAAGAAAGCUGAUCUCGCGCAAUGUAAGAUGCGCUAUGAGCACAGGAUCUCGGCGAUCAAUGACGAAAUCCAGUCCAUACAAACACAGCUUACAAGGUACAAACGCGAACGGGACACGUACAAGCACAUGUUGGAGGGUGCACAAAAAACUAUCGCGGAACUCAAGAUUGCGAGGCAACGUCGGCAUUCGACAACAUCGACUGGCAAAUCAACUGAUGAGGAUGAAGAAUCAGCACUAAUUAACACAGCAGUUCUAGAGAAACAAAUUAUGUCUAUGGAAGACGAACUUUCAGAAGCAAAGCUUGAAUCUUCCAAAUUGAAGACUGAAUUAGUGUCCGAAAAGUCAGCAUGGCAGAUAAAAUUAUCAGAAAUGCAAUCUCAAAUUAAUGAAUUGGAGGAGGAACGCUUGCUGGCGAGUGGACGUACGAAAAUGCCGGGAUUGAAAGUGCGUAUGGAACUUGCUUGGCAAAAAGAACGAGAGGAUCAACAAAGAUUGCUUCAAGAAACAGCAACGCUCGCUCGAGAUUUGCGGCAAACACUAUUCGAAGUUGAGAGGGAACGCGAUAAGGAACGUCUGGAAAACAAGAGGAGACACGAUCAACUGAAGAAAGUCUUUGACGAGGAGAAAGAUGAAAAUAAGAAGAAGCUUAUUGAAUUGCAAUGCGACUUGUUGGAGUUGAGAGACGCCCACGCAAAGUUGAGAACAAGCAAUGAAAAGAUGAGGCGAGAAAAAGAGCGCCACGAAAGGGAAAGGGAAGAACUAAAAACGAUCAUAGCAAAUAAACGGCACAUAGAACAAACGGAAGCUCGCAGCAUUAACACGCUGCUGCAGCAAGUCGACGACUUGAUGAAACUAUUCCCAGAGUUGAAGAGCACCACGGAAAAUAAACCCCCAGAAGUGUACACACCCACUCCUCCGAGAAGACUCAAGGGACCAAAAUCGAGGGAAUCGUCGCCAAUGUUGGAGGGCAAAGACGAUAAAGGUGGAAAGAUAGAGGGAAGAGCCGAGAAACUCGAAUACACUAUCGGGAAAUUAAUGGAAGUUGCAAAAGAAUUGCGAGAAUCGAAAAAAUCGGACGAGAGCAGUUCUAAUCGAUCUAAAAAGUUUGGUAAAAGGUCAACAUCCAUCGACAAUGACACUGGAAGAGGAACAACUGCGAGUCGUAAACCAGCUUUAAAGAGAAAGAGUCUCUCACUCGAUCAGACCGCAAGCAAAAACGAACAGUCAAUAUGGGGAAAUGAUAGUAAUGUUUCCAGUAUGCAAUCACUGGAUGGAUCUGAAGGAGAUCCUCGACAUUUCAGUUUGCCAAGAGAUUCAAGCGUCGAUAGUCGACUCUCAAGUGGAUCAACAAAAAGUGAAAUGUUGCACAGAGAUAAUAAGAGCAGCAAGGGAAUAAUUAAGAAGUUGACGACGAAGUUGACCAAAUCUGCGAGCGUUGAUGAUCCAAACAGUUCCUACGAGUUUUCACUUCAAACCUCGGGUUCCGAAGUUAGCAUUAACGAGGACAUUAAACGUGAUAAGAAAAACUUGAAGAAGAAAUUAACCGACAUGUUUAAGAGAGGCUCCAAAAAUAAUGGACUAGACAAAAAAUCUGGCUCUCAGGAAAACAGUAGACCUGCCUCAAGAAAUUCUCUUGCGUCUUCCAAGAGCACAAGGCCUUGAUUAUUUCAAACACAUCCGCGCUUAGAAUCACAAUUAUUAAUAUAAUGUAAAUAUUAAACAUUUGUACAUACAUUGCGUUUUCCUAUGUAUUAAUACAGAAAUCAAUUUAGGACGAGAAAAGGACAUUUUUCAAAAAUCUGUUCAAGUUCAGCAUUUAAUUUUCAGAUUAGAGGCUGGAAAAAUUUUUUGUAUGGCCUCAUUUUAGUAAAGUUCGAAUAUCAUAUAAGGUUCUUACGUGUACAUAAAUAUCUUGCAAAUACGUAAAAAUACAGUAACUUUGAAUGAAAUGAUCUUAAGCUUCUGUCCUAUUUUCCUAUUAAUAAAGACGUUACUUGUUAUAA